CCCCCCUGACCCCCCCGUCGUGCGAGGAGGAGGAUGACGGCGGGAUUCGGCGGCAGAAGCGCGGUGUCCUGCCGAAGCACGCCACGGCCAUCAUGAAGGCGUGGCUGUUCCAACACAUCGUCCACCCGUACCCGAGCGAGGACGAGAAGCGGCACAUCGCGGCGCAGACCAACCUGACGCUCCUGCAGGUCAACAACUGGUUUAUAAACGCUCGGCGCCGCAUCCUGCAGCCCAUGAUUGACGCCUCAACUCCUCCCGACCAGAAGACCAAGAAGUCCAAGGCCUACAACCCCAAGGCCUCUGCCACAAGGUUCUGGCCUGAUAGUCUCAUAAGUCUGCAUGGUAAACUACAGAACAACAAUAACAACAACCAUACGGCUUCUUCACUCGCUCGCAAGACUAACUUGUCUAACACGGAGGUGACAGCCAGUCCCCUGUCCGCGAUGGAUGCAUAUACGAUGUUCAAACACUGA